CUCUACUGGCUCAGAUGGAUUUAAGACUUCAGCCUUCUUGGCACAUCAACGUCAGGAAGGUCUGAAAGAGUCUUGCUAAUUCCCUGCUUGACGUCCUGAGCUCGAAGAGGGUUUUAGCUCAUUUGAACCAUACGACUCACAUGGUUCCUGAUAAUUCCUUUUCUAAACUUCCCGUAUGAGAUCAUGGCUAGAGAAACAAGGACCUCAAACACCCUGAGUGUGGGACUUUGAACAUCACCAUGCUGACGUUUUUCAAGUGCAACGACUAAAGAGACCAUGUCAGCCCAGUCCAGAUCUGGUUCCCCAAAGUCACAGCUGGAUUCUUUGCUUAAGGCCUUUGGCAAAACAUAAACCCAGAAAAGAUCAAAUAAAUCAAAGAGCUUCCAGUCCAGUGCUUUUCAAGUUGGAAAGCUCCACUAUCGCGUUUCAAGCAGCUUCAUUUAGCUGGCCCCAAGAUGAGAGUCUCCCCACCGGUGCCCUGGACUGCCAGCCUGGGCUCUUUGUUUCUUUUUUCCGUCUGGUUCCACCAAGCCGCAGCAGUCAAGGAACUGAAGUUUGUGAUACUAGUAUUUCGACAUGGUGAUAGAAGUCCCAUCGAAACAUUUCCUAUGGAUCCUCACAAGGAGUCUGCUUGGCCACAGGGAUUUGGACAGCUUACUCCGGUUGGCAUGGAACAGCAGUAUGAGCUUGGACAGUUUUUACAUAAAACAUACUCACACUUCCUGAAUGAUUCUUAUUACCGGAAUCAGGUUUAUGUUCGCAGCACAGAUAUUGACCGGACCUUGAUGAGUGCCAUGGCCAAUCUUGCUGGUCUCUUUCCACCCAAGGGAACCAGUGUUUGGAAUCCCCAAAUCCCCUGGCAACCCAUUCCAGUCCACACAGUGCCAGUGUCUGAAGAUCAGUUGCUGUACCUUCCUUUUCUAAAAUGCCCUCGUUUUAAAGAACUUCUGAAGGAAACUUUGGAGACAGAGGAUUUCCAGAAGAGGCUCAAACCCUACAAGGAGUUCCUGAAAGAGAUACCAAAGCAUUCAGGAUUCACAAGUGAUGACCUUUUUGAAAUCUGGAGUAAAAUCUACGAUCCUUUAUUUUGUGAGAGUACUCACAACUUUACUUUACCCACCUGGGCCACUGAGGACACUAUGACUAAGUUGAGAGAACUGUCAGAGUUGUCCCUAAUGUCAACCUUUGGAAUUCACAAGCAAAAAGAAAAAUCUCGACUUCAGGGAGGCGUCCUGGUGAAUGACAUCCUCACACAUAUCAAGAGUACCACAGAACCCUCCAACCAGAGAAAACUUGUCAUCUAUUCUGCACAUGACACGACCAUUGCUGGCCUCCAGUUUGCACUUGACGUUUUUAAUGGAAACCUCCCUCCCUAUGCCGCCUGCCACCUCUUUGAAGUAUAUCUCGAAAACGGGGAGUACAACAUUGAAAUGUAUUAUCGGAACAGCUCUUGGAAUGACCCUUUCCCGCUCACCCUGCCAGGCUGCACCCAUAGCUGCCCGCUGACGAAGUUUGCCGAGCUGGUCUCCCCUGUGAUAACACAACAUUGGUCAGAGGAGUGUAUGACCACAAGGGCUAACAAAGAAUAUGAAGAUGUGAGGAUGGACAAAGAGAAAACUUUAGAGAGCCAGAGGAUUGCUUCUGCAGUAGAUUGAAAGAAAUAAGAUCAAGCCAUCAAUACAGGGAGCAAGAAAUAGGUGGAAGAUUUUCUUCUGACCAAGCUGGAGUUCUAACAUACCGAGAAGAAUCCCAACUUUGAGUUUCAGCAACCAUAUUUCGCUUCUGACCUAGACGUUUCUUAUAACCCCAACAAACUUGAAGCAUUAGCUGUGUUUGCUUCUAGAGUUUUUGUCUUAAUUAUGUACAAUACUUAGAGAUGGUCAGCCGCAAAAGUUUACAUUUUUAUCUCUUUUUCACUGAAGAGAAGAGUGAAGGAACUCUAUUCCCCAUAAUUUAUAGAUGCGGGUUUUCUUGGUCCCAUUUUCCAUUCCUCUUCCUUCAAUCUUCUGAUCUAACUCUAGAAAAAAGAAAGCCCUCCGAAACCAAUUUAGACUCCCAAAGCUAAAAAUUGGACCUGUCAUGAGUUGUUUCCUUCAAAGUUCAUGGAGCUACUCUGUUGACAAAUUCGGUAAUUAUAUUUCAAGGCUCAAAGCCGAAUGAAAAACUACCAGUGACAAAUGAUGUAUAGUAAUAGAGCUGAGAGCACACAUACAUACUAAAAAAUUUAUCCAUGUAUAAACAAUCACACAGCUUCAAAAAAGAAGGGCCGAUCUCUCUAAAUGUGAAUUCUCUCUCCUGAUAAGUGACUCUUUUCAGAUAUGGCGAAAAUGAUAAAUCCAGUUGUCAGAAUGAUCAAUUCUUGGAAGAUAGUUCAAAUAUUUAAGUAACCUUUACUAAGAGUCGUUCGGAUCGGCUUUUGGACAACUACUUGACACGGGCCUGGAUGAGACGAAAUACUACAGUGGCAGUCACCAGGUCAGUACACAGAGAUAGAUAGAUUUAAUAUGUGGAUAGGCUAUCUAAAAUAAAAAUAUUAGUUAUCAUGUAUAGCAAAAGAACAAGUGCAUGAAUCUAUCUUGAUGGAAAGCGACAUUGUGUGAUGAACUGUAUACCGCCAUGGUGCCUUUGGAAAGUUUGAGUUUUCUAGGAAGUCAUUUCAUUGGAGUAAGUUGACCUGAGAAAUUUGAACUACAUCAUUGCUUUCGCUUUCUUCAAACACCAAUUCUUUAUUCUCAUUUUCCCUCCAAGUAAGUCUAGAGGCAGCAAGGCUCAGUGAAAAGAGCCCGGGCUUGGGAGUCAGAGG